GUACUGGUUUGUGCUUUCCUGCCAGGCGGAACGUUUGACUUGGGUUACAUUUUCUACACGGGGCACUUUUCCAACGGACCAAAUCCAAGUGUCUGGCAAAAUGGAAGUGAAAAACGCUAAUGCUGCUAUGCUCAGUAACUAUGAGGUGUUCAAACUCCUGACCGACUUGAAGGAGCAGAGGAAGGACAGCGGGAAGAGCAAAAACAGCACCGGGCAGCAGAACCUCAACACCAUCAUGUAUGAGACGCUGAAAUACCUGUCAAAGACGCCCUGCAGCAGGCAGAAUCCAGAAAUCGUCAAAGAGUUCCUCACCACCAUGAUGCCUCACAAACUCACAAAGGCAGAAAAACUGCAGCUAUUGAACCACCGGCCACAGACAGCAGUGGAAAUUCAGCUAAUGGUGGAGGAAAGUGAAGAGCGGUUAUCAGAGGAGCAGAUAGAGGAGCUCAUCCACACGGUCGCAGCUGUCCUACCGGGUGACCCGGAGCAGGAGAACGCAGCUCCAGCAGAUGCAGAGAUGGGUGAAGCCGUUGAACAGUCAUGACACAGUGACGGGUUGAUAGCUGGAAUGAAGUCUAAAAUGAUUACAGAGCUGGACUGGUUGCUUUUACCUGCGCCAUCUUCAUCACAGUCUGAACUGAACAACAUGUUGACGGAAUGGAUGCACAAAGGACGCCUGAUUAAAUGAUUAACAUUACGUUUAAUAAUUGAAUGAAUAGAAGAAGAUUGUUUUUGAUUUGCUUUUACUUGUAUACAUACAAAUGAAACAUGCACACACUAUUAUAAGUACAGGGUUUGAACAGUGAGUCACAGAUGUCUUGUUUUGCAUCUGACUGGUCUAAUUUGUAUUUCUCAUCAGAUAAUGUUUAUGCAGAGACACUCUGCUAUUAACCCGGCAUAUAUUUUUGGUUUCUGACUCAAUGUUAGUCAUCAGUUUCUGCAUAGAAAUAAGGGUUUUUGCUGCUGUAUGAUUUCCCAAGCUGUAAUAUAAGUCAGUCAUGCAAUUAAACUUUGGUACAGCACUAACAUAAGGUCAGACAAUAUUAUUAGAGCGGCUAUGUAAUAAAAACAGUAUACAAUAUGGACCAA